AUGAUCGGCCUCCGGAGUCAGGCAAACCAACCAGACCAAUCCAUCUUGAAUCAGGUGGAACCGAGCCAUCGCCGGAGACGGAAGAAUCGUGAGAAACGGUCUCAAUGUUUGAUUGUUCGAAUGUCUGAGACCAUGUCUUGGCGAGGGAAGCCAGUUGAUAACCCCAACCUGGCAGGCCCUGAGCAACCUGGCAACCAACCACGUUCAAGGGGGCGAGGGGGAUCAAGGGAGAAAGAAGAAAACCCGAAUUCACUGGGCCUGUCACGAUGUCUCCCUCUCAUCCUUCCCCUCCUAUGUAUCUCGCAUUGUCGCAAUGGAUCGGCCGCCACGCCUUUUACUCCUUUUCGCAACCGGAACGGCUGCAACUGCAACCCUCCCAGCGCGCGUUGCGUAAGGUAG